AUGGCAGCACACUCCGCAUCUCGAUUUUCAUCGGCGGCUAUGGCCGGAUUAUCUUCAGAUGAGAAGAAUCCGGCGAUCAGUGGCACCGAUGACAUUAUUUCUCCUAACAAUGGCCAUGAUGGGCCAGCAGCCGAGCCAGCAACUGAGAAAGACAUGAUGCCUACCGAAGACGCGCAACGAGGAGUCAAACAAGUCGAGGCAGUCGCCUUGGCCUGGACGAAGCCGCAUCUUAUCAUGGUUUUUAUCCUCAUGUGGUCGCUCUACUGCGUCAACGCAUUCCAAUCAUCAAUCUUGAGCAACCUCGUGCCAUUUGUCACCAGUGAUUUCGAAACACACUCUCUAUUGACCAUCAUAUAUAUUGUUUCCAACAGCAUGACUGCGGCGUUAUAUAUCCCACUUGCAAAGAUACUAGAUCUCUGGGGCCGUGCUGAGGGGUUCGUGAUCAUGGUUUCCUUCGCCACACUCGGCUUGAUUAUGAUGGCCGGGUGCAAUGGCCUCGCCACCUUUUGCGUUGCACAGGUCUUUUAUUCUUUGGGGUUUGGAGGCUUGAUAUAUACCAUCGAUGUCAUCACCUCUGAUGUAUCAAAGCUGAAGAAUCGAGGUCUUGCAUAUGCUUUCACCUCAUCACCGUAUAUGAUUACGGCAUUCGCUGGACCUAAAGCCGCUGAGUCUUUCUACGAGGACAUUAGCUGGCGGUGGGGUUUUGGUACUUUUGCUAUCAUCUUACCAGCUGUGGCAGCGCCCUUGUUCGUCAUUUUGAAGCUCAAUCUACGCAAGGCAGCAAACCAAGGCCUUCUGACCAGGGAGAAGAGUGACCGAACGCUAUUGCAGAGUAUUUGGCAUUACACUCUAGAAUUCGAUGCUGCCGGUGUGAUUCUCUUCUCCUCCGGUCUUACGGUAUUCUUGCUGCCAUUCACGCUUGCCGACACCGCACCUAACGGUUGGCGCUCGGGCUAUAUCAUUGCUAUGAUCGUCGUCGGAUUUGUGGUCCUUGUUCUCUUUGGAUUGCACGAGACUUUCCUCGCAAGAGCACCGUUCUUGAAUGUCAACCUCCUAUCAAAUCGAACAGUUAUCGGCGCAUGCUUGUUGAAUAUAACCUACCAGAUAUCUUAUUACUGCUGGAACACCUACUUUACCUCUUUCUUACAAGUUGUUAACGACUUGUCGUUGUCGGAGGCUGGGUACGUGAGCAGUACAUUCGACGUUGUCUCUGGGGUUCUCCUCCUAGGGGUCGGGGUGUUAAUUCGCAAGACUGGUCGCUUCAAGUGGCUUCUAUACUUUGCGGUUCCGAUUUACGUUUUUGCCCAAGGUUUGAUGAUCUACUUCCGCCGUCCGAAUCAGCAUAUCGGCUAUCUCGUCAUGUGUCAGAUAUUCAUCUCGAUUGGUGGAAGUGUAUUCAUCAUCUGCGAGCAAAUUGCAGUUCUUGCCGCCUCAGACCAUCAACACGUCGCCGCAGUACUCGCUUUGCUCUAUGUCGUUGGAACUGUGGGUGGUGCUAUAGGAAACGCUAUUUGCGGUGCCAUCUGGACAAACACGUUUCCUCGGGCUUUGGAACGGUAUCUUCCAUCAUCUGACAUGCCAGAUUUUGAUGCCAUUUACGGCGAUCUGAGCACGCAGCUCAGUUAUCCAGUGGGAAGCCCUACCCGGGUCGCGAUCCAGCAGGCAUAUGGGUAUGCGCAGGAAAGAAUGCUUAUCGCGGGGCUCGCUAUCAUGGGGCUGUCAUUCAUAUGGAUUCUGUUCAUCAAGAACAUCAAUGUCGCCAAGGUUACGCAAGUGAAAGGCACUGUGUUUUAA